AUGUCGCUAAGGUAUAUGUCAAAACCAUUUCCAACUAUGAAUAUUGGUAUGAUAAAAUCUUUAAGUGAUGUACAGCCAAAUAACACAGCUUUUCUAAGCGUUCUUCAUUUAAGCAGAAAAACUCAUACAUCAGAACGUGCAGGCCAUCAACAAGCUCCGAAAGAACACUCGAAGUCAAUCCACAACACCCAUAUACGCAAAGUUUGGUUGGUAUUUUCGCUAUCCUUUUAUGUGCUUAUAAGAGCAGAACACCAUGUAGAAAACAGGAAACAAUCUCUAAAAUCACAACAAAUUAGACAACAACCAGGAAGUCCUGCAGGAGACUGGUGGCAGGUAUGGUGGCGUAAUUACAUCAAAGAAGUUACAGAUCCCACAGCAAGGCCUCAUAUUCAUACAACUCUACCAGUUUCAUUGACAGUACCAACUACACCAGUACUUCCAAUUACGAGAUCUCAUCCACAGUCUGUUCCAAAGCGAAAACUUCCAUCCUCAACAAGAGCCCCUCCAAUACAAAAAAUACCUCCUUAUCCUCCUGUAAGAAGACCACCAUCAGUAACGAGACGUCCUAUCAAACGUCCACCACCACCUCCUGUUACCAGACCAACACCUAUAACAAAGUCUCCUUAUCCUCCUGUAAUAAGAUCUCCACCAGUAACAAGACGUCCUAUCAAGCGCCCACCACCAUCUCCUGUUACUAGAUCUACACCUUCGCCUAUAACAAGGCCUCCGACAGUAACGAGACGUCCAGUCAAACGUCCACCACUAACUCCUGUUACUAGGCCUAUAACAAGGCCUCCUCGUCCUCCUGUAAUAAGGCCUCCACCAGUAACGAGACGUCCAAUCAAACGUCCUCCACAAUCGCCUGUUACUAGACCUAUACCUAUAACAAGGCCACCUCGUCCUCCUAUAAUAAGGCCACCACCAGUAACGAGACGUCCAAUCAAACGUCCUCCACAAUCGCCUGUUACUAGACCUAUACCUAUAACAAGGCCACCUCGUCCUCCUAUAAUAAGGCCACCACCAGUAACAAGACGUCCUAUCAAGCGCCCACCACCAUCUCCUGUUACCAGACCUACACCUAUAACAAGACCUCCUCGUCCUCCUGUAAUAAGGCCUCCACCAGUAGCGAGACGUCCAAUCAAACGUCCACCACCAUCUCCU